UCUGUAAAUUCGAGCGAAUCAACACAACACUGUCACACAGACACCCUUUAAAAUCACUGCUAUAUCAGGAAAACUGUUCAGUGUGUCAACAGAAUUUCAAUACAGGCGGUCGGGCUCGCGUGUGUCUUUAAGGGCUGCUGUUGUGGUGUGUGUGUGUGUGUGUGUGUGUGUGUGUGUGUGUGUGUGUGUGUGUGUGUGUGUGUGUGUGUGUGUGUGUGUGUUUCAUCUUCAGCUUCUCUCCGUUAGCGCACAGACGAGCUGAAACGGUGAGAGCUGCUGGAUCUUUCUGAAUCUCUGCGCGCGCGCGUGUGUGGAUGUUAUCUUACAUGCAAUCUCCUGGACUUUUGGAUAAAAACAGUUGAUUUCUUGAUGAUGAUGAUGAUGAUGAUGAUGAUGAUGAUGAUGAUGAUGAUGAUGAUGAUGAAGAGGACUGUCUUGAUCGGUGUUGGCGCGCGCAGGUCGUUUCUCGUCCUGGCGGUUUUGUGCACGCUCCAGUCCGUGCGCGCUGCCCACCAUCACCAUCACUGUAACACCCCGCUGCUCACACUUCUUCCUCCCACAUCGUUCCAGAGCUCGUCUGUCUCCUCAUACAGACAUGCUGAGUAUUACGCUAAACUACACAACAGAGAGGGAGGUGGAGGUUGGAGGCCUGAUCAUUCAGACCGCCUGCACUGGUUGCAGGUUGACCUGCACGAGAGGAUGGAGGUCAUCGCCGUGGCGACACAGGGUGUGUUUGGCAGCUCUGACUGGGUGACCAGAUACACACUGCUGUACAGUGACACAGGAAGAGACUGGAAACAGUACAGACGUGAGGAAUACACUGGAGUUUUCCCAGGAAACUCGGAUGCUGAUGCUGUGGUCCAUCACAAACUUCCACACUCCAUACGGACACGUUACCUGAGAUUCCUGCCACAGGACUGGAGCUCAGAGGGAUGGAUUGGCCUGAGGGUGGAAGCGUACGGCUGCUCCUACAAGUCGGACGUGGCGGAUUUCGAUGGCAGGAGCGCUCUGAUGUACCGCUUCAGUCAGAAGUCCAUGAGCACGGUAAAGGACGUGAUCUCUCUGCAGUUCAAGAGCAUGGGAUCGGACGGCGUCCUGGUCCACGCUGAGGGUCAGAGAGGAGAUUACAUCACGCUGGAGCUGCACCGUGGACUUCUGGCUUUACACAUCAACCUGGACGAUGCUGAGGCCCACCCCCGUAGCGCUCAGGUCUCCAUGUCACUGGGGAGUCUCCUGGAUGAUCAGCACUGGCACUCAGUCCAGAUCGAGCGUUUUAACAAGCAGAUCAACUUCACCGUGGACCGAAUAACACGGCACCUUCGCUCCGGGGGAACAGGGGACUCACUGGAGGUCGACUAUGAACUCAGUAUCGGCGGCGUUCCUCUGCCCGGAAAACCAGGAACGUUCCUGCGCAAGAACUUCCACGGCUGUAUGGAGAACCUCUACUACAACGGCGUGAACAUCAUUGACCUGGCCAAGCGCAAGAAACCACAGAUCUACAGUGUGGGUAAUGUGAGCUUUUCCUGCUCAGAUCCUCCAUCAGUCUCAGCCAUGUUCCUCAGCUCUCGCAGCAGCUUCCUACAGAUUCCGUUGGAUUUAUCGCUGAUGAUGGAGACAGAGAAGGUGGAGACUCUCGGGUGGAGCGCCAGGUUCCAGUUCCGUACAUGGAACAGAGAGGCCAUGCUCAUGUGGAUCGGCCUGCAAGGCACAGAGACACUUCUGUUGCUGCUAAGCGACACACAGCUGAGGCUCAUACAUCAGCGAUCAGCGCUACAGAGCUCCGAGAUCACUGUCGGCCACAGUCUGAGUGAUGGACUCUGGCACUCGGUCUCAGUGAAGCUGAACGGACUUCAGGCUUCUGUCUCUGUGGACGGCGAUUCUCCAUCCAGCAUGAUGCUCGGACGUCUCACACAACCCCAGAACACCGUAGUCAUCGGAGGAUGCCCAACAUCAUCAGCCAAUCAGGGCUGCCGGAACCCCACUCUGGCCUAUCAGGGCUGCAUGCGCUCCAUCGUGCUUAACAACCACCCGCUCGACCUGUACAGUGUGCAGAAAGGCCUUCUGGGUAACUACAGUGAGGUCCAAAUCGACAUCUGUGACAUACGAGACAGGUGUUUGCCCAGUUACUGUGAGCAUGGUGGUGAAUGUUCUCAGUCCUGGAGCUCCUUCAGCUGUGAUUGCUCUGGUACAGGAUACACUGGAGCAACCUGCCACAACUCCAUCUUUGAAGUGUCUUGUGAAGCACACAGAUUGGCAGGAAGCUCCUCCGGAUUUUUCUCCAUCGACCCGGAUGGCAGUGGGCCACUCGCACACACUGUUGUCUACUGCAACAUGAGUGAGGAGAAGGUGUGGAUGGUAAUUGGUCACAACAACUCCAUGCCGGUGAAUGUUCAGGGUUCGAAUUUUCAGAAGCCCCAUGUCAUGAAGUUGAACUACAGCACAUCAUUGCAGCAACUUACAACCCUUUUACACAGAGCGCAGCACUGCCAACAGGAAGUGAUGUAUCGAUGCAGAAAGUCCCGCCUUUUCAACACCUGGGAUGGCACUCCGUUAUCGUGGUGGAAGGACAGAACCGGAGUAAAGCGGACAUACUGGGCCGGGUUACUGCCCGGAGUUCAGCAGUGUUCCUGCAGUUUGGCUGAAAACUGUAUCGAUAUGAACCACUUCUGUAACUGCGACGCAGACCGGAGCUCGUGGGAGAACGAUACGGGUUUGCUGUCCUAUAAGGAGCAUCUUCCCGUCACGGAGAUGGUGGUGGGAGACACGAACCGAAGCGGCUCGGAAGCUGUUUACAGAGUCGGACCUCUGCAGUGCCGUGGAGACAGGUUUCUGUGGAACGCCGUGUCCUUCUAUCAGGAGUCCUCAUCUCUGCACUUUCCCACACUGCAGGCCGAGCUCAGCCUUGAUAUCUCCUUUUACUUCAAGACCACAUCGCCGUCUGGAGUAUUCCUGGAGAACGUAGGAGUCCGAGACUUUAUCCGUGUGGAGCUGAGCGCUCCAUCUACGGUAAUGUUCUCGUUGGAUGUGGGAAACGGUCCCCAGGUCCUGACUGUCAAGUCCCACGUCCCUCUGAACGAUAAGCAGUGGCACCACAUACGAGCCGAACGGAACGUAAAGGAGGCAUCGUUGCAGGUGGACCAGCUUCCUCUGCGCUUCCUGGAAGCUCCGCCAGAUGGCCACGCCCACCUGCAGCUCAACGGACAGCUUUUUAUCGGUGGAACCGCCUCCAGGCAGAAGGGAUUUCUGGGAUGCAUCAGAGCGUUAUCUAUAAACGGGAUGACCCUCGACCUGGAGGAACGCGCCAAAAUGACCCCGGGGGUGAGUGCGGGGUGUCCGGGGCACUGCAGCAGCCAGAAUCGUCUGUGCCACAACCGAGGACGCUGCGUGGAGAGGAACAGUGGCUACGUGUGUGACUGCACACACUCUGCGUAUGGAGGACCGCUGUGUCAGACCGAAGUUUCUGUGUCUUUCGAGAGUGGCACAUCGGUGACCUACACAUUUCAGGAGCCGUUCUCUGUGAUGCGGAACUCCAGCCGUCAGACAUCAUCCAUCUUUGCUCAGAGCAGCAAGUCUCGGGAAAUCGUUUCCUUCCGCUUCCUGACCAGCGAAUCUCCUGCCAUGCUGAUGACCGUCACCACGUACCAGCUGCAGUACCUGGCCAUCAUUCUGGCUCAUAACGGGAGUUUACAGAUUUGGUUUAAACUGAAGGAGAAGAAGCCAGAUGUGUUUACAGCUUCAGAUCACAGUCUCGCUAAUGGGCAACUGCACCGUGUCCAGCUACACAGGGAGGGCAGGGACAUGUACGUCCAGGUGGAUAAGGAUAUGAGUCAGAAGUUCAGCCUCUCCACAGACCGAGAGUUAAACAUGAUUCGCUCUCUGACACUCGGCAGAGUCACCAGGCGUGAGGUGGACCUGGACGAGGAGGUGCUGCAGGCAGGAUCGAGAGGCUUUAUUGGCUGCCUCUCGUCUGUGCAGUUCAAUCACCUUGCUCCUUUAAAAGCAGCCAUUCUGAAUCGAGGAAGCUCAUUGGUCAGCGUGCUCGGGAAUCUGGUGGAGUCCAACUGUGGAGAGCUGGCUGAUAGAUCCCUCUCACAUUCACUGUCAGACCACACAGAUGGAGAGAAGCGAGGGAAAGAGCGUCUCAAAAACGUGGACACAAGCGACACGGCCGUGAUCGGAGGUUUAAUAGCAGCGCUGCUGUUAGUCGUGCUGUGCGUUGUGGCAGUAAUGAUGCGUUUCCUGUUGCGUUUUCGACACGAGACUUCCCGUCAGCCUAAAGAGAAGGACCUGCGGGCUCAGCCGGAGCUCAGGGACAGCAGGAAAGAGUAUUUCAUAUGACCCCUAAACAACCCCUUUGGCCGAGUGACCCUAAAUCACCCACGCCAUUAGGGAGGACAGCAGGAGAGCCUCUAGUGCCCUUGAUCCUUGUUCCCUUCCUCCAUUAGCUCAAGCUUGUUUUGUUCCCUUGAUCAGCUCGACCGUGUGGACUGGAACAGAGCAGUGGAGAACAAAGCCAGCAUUUCAAGGGAGAAAAUAAUACUUUAUGUAUUAUUAUUAUUAUUUAUGACCUUUGGCCUCAUGAACCCCUUGCUGAGUUUAGAGAGGAGAGUAGGAACUAUCAGGACACAGAUAACGCUCUUCAUGCAUGUUUCCUUCCUCUCUUCCAUUCCUGCUCGGGCUAAACAUGUGGAACAGGACACGGACAAGCCGAUGGACAACAAAGCUGAUGUAUAAAGGGAAGACAGGCGUGCAUUAUAUGACCUUAGACCUUUAAUCUUAGACCGUUAAUCUUAUUCUCCAAGACUCCACAGCAGGGAUUGAGACACCGCCAAGUAGACCACAUAGAGUGAAACAGUACUCCAUGUGACCUCCACACACACACACACACACACAAUGUGCGGCUGCAGCGGUAAUUAGUUGACAUCACAUCCCAUCACAGCGACAGCACUAAUGGGACACGCACUUCCUGUACCCACUUGAACAGUUUUGAUAGAGUGUUAUCCAAUCAACACCCCCCCCCACACACACACACACACCCAUACACACACUCAUUCUGAACGCAGAGCUGUUCUCAUCCACACAGCUCAGAUUGAUGAAUUGUGUGGAAUCAAGACUGUUAUUAAUAACCUCACUGCUCGAGUCCUUACAUUAAUCAGAGUAUUAUUAAGAGGGUUAAUAAGAAAAGUAAUCAGAGUAUUAAUGUAUAUAUUAAUGAGAGGAUUGAUCGGUUUUAUGAGAGUAUUAAUGAGAGUAUUAAUGAGAGUAUUAAUGACAGUUUUAUUAUAGAAUCAACGUGAAUCAGUCUUCUUGUAAAAACGUCCAGAAGAGAAGGAAGCUGAUUGGUUGAGACGUCAUGUUGCAUCAUAAUUUCCAUUACAUCAUCCAGUCCUCACGAGUCACAUGACCACGUGACCGUCCCUCGGUGAUGCCGUGUGACGUGUAAGAUGGUUUAAGAGAUCAGUGUAUAGACUCUUUAUCACGGUUCUGAUUUCCUACUAAAAUCUCGUCAGACAUCACACAACAGACACGAUACAGAACAUCAGCAUCAGCACCAUGAGAGUCGAGUGGAAGGAAAGUGAAAGCACUGAGCAGUUGAUCAUCCUGCUGCUUGAUCUGUUUGCUCCAGAGCUCUGCUUCAUUACACCUGAAGUUUCUUCUCCAGUGUGAGAUGAUUCAGCUGGUCUGAGAGCAGAUGUAUCACCUGUGUGACAUCCCACACUGAUGUUUUACUGAAUCAGUAAACAAGCGCAUCAGAACGAGCGCAUGAAUGUAAUCCUGUGGUGAAUAUAGUCAGCAGCCUCUAACCAAUCAGGAUCUAGAGCUGAAAAGCUAUAGAUGAAAUUAGAGAAGUGUCUCCUGACGUAGCUGGAUGGACCAGUGUGUCUGAGUGUGGAUCAGAGCAGCAUCUCCUGUCUCUUCCUCUCUGUUUUCUCACCGUGUCCACACUGACUCCUGUCUCUUCCUCUCUGUUCUCUCACCGUGUCCACACCGACUCCUGUCUCUUCCUCUCUGUCUGUCACACUGCAGAGAGGCGGUCGUGUCAGAUGUGUAUCCAGAUGUGAUCUAUGCAGAUGUCAGCGUGUGACAGCACGGAAAUGACAAACCUGCUCUCCAAACUCCUGGAGAUCAAAAGCGCUGUCUGAUUGAACGCCACAUCCGUCUCCACAUGGAUAAACAUCAGACAGUUCUGAUUUCAGACCAGCAGCUUUUUUUUUCGUAGCUUCUGGGCUGAAGACGUGCGUCACAUCAUGAUGGUUUAUAAAACAGAAACAUGAUAUAAACCUCAUCGGACAGCAGCGCUGUUAGGAGUUAACACUUCAGAUCUAAAGGAUACAGUCAGAGUUUAUUAGUCUGAGAGAUCGGACUUCACUACGUUAGCGAUGUUUCACGCGCUUCUGUGGGACGACUGAUGCUUCGCAUAUUUGUGUUCAGCUUAAAAAUCUCAAAUAAUUAUGAUCACGUUUGUUAAAAUAAAUAAAUAAAUAAAUCAUCGCAGGGGUGCCAAUAAUUUUUCUCUCAUUAUAAAAACCUGGAUUCCAUGAUGACACAAAGCACACGCCCCCCAUUCAUACAUACCCCACCCACUUUCUCCUUGCAGUCUGUUACUGCAUGGCCUCAUUUGCAUCCUGGAACCUGAUUGGUUCUUUCAAUGGAUGAUGUAAUAAGACUUUUCUGUGUUCGCCGCAGUGACGGUUAGUCAAACUGUUGUUAUAUGGCCUCAUUUACAUACCGGAACCCGAUUGGUCAUCAUGGCAGAUGCUGUAAUAUACUACUUCUGGGACAUGAUUGGCUGCAACCAUGUUUGUGCGAAUGAAAUAACACGGAGACAAGGUUUUAAUCUGAGUUUUUUGAUUGGUGCUAGUGAAUUUAAGUAAACUCCAUUUUUUUCUGUCUGGGAUUAGUUUCCAUUUUAUUUAUCAAUUUGAAAUUUACAAAAAAGCCAAACAGGCCACACCCACUAGCUAGCAGCAUUAGCAGUUUGACACUGUGAAAUGAAGACAGAUGGCUGCAAAGACAAAAUUUUUCAUGACUAAUAAUGGUGAAGUCUUAAUCUCACCUCCAACUGCAGGAAUCGGGAACGAGUUUCUCAAACAUCAGACACCCCGGAUUGCCUUUAGGGCCUUUUUACACCCAGUCACUUCGUGUGUUGUCUCUGAUUAAUCAGCUAUCUGAUUAGUUAAAACUGUCCCAUUUACAUCAAGCCACAUAAACGCAUCUCGCGAAUCGGAUAUCGAUCCGAUCUUUCUACUCCCACCCAAAAUGCUAAUAUAUUUUACCUCAUUUCCGGGGUAAUUGAAACAGAACACACUUUGCUGUAUGCGGUUUUCAGAACGCGAUCAAAAAGAA